AUGGUUGGUCGUUCAACGUUACGUAAUCGACACCAUGCCAACCGCCCUUGCGUUUCAACUACUCCAUCAACACCUGCUAGUUCUGCGCGAUUCAACGAUAGGAAAAGGAGUAUAGAAUAUGGUAGAAUAACUACGCAAAUUCAUCCGGUUUGGCCAGAAAUGCCUCAAGGACAAGGUGAAUUAUUCUUCGAAUGCACGCUGUUUCUUUAUUCCGUGUUAGCACUCUUUUUGCAAUAUCUCAAUUUAUAUAAGACAAUGUGGUGGUUGCCAAAAUCAUAUUGGCAUUAUUCACUGAAAUUUCAUUUAAUUAAUCCAUAUUUGCUAUCGUGUAUUGGUCUUUUACUUGGCGUACGGGUGACAAAAUGUUUUUGGAGAACGAUAACCGAACUAGCAACGAAUGCUAGACAAGAUAGCUCGAAAGCUCAUUGCUUAUUAUGGGAUAUCAUAGAGUGGGCAGCUGUUAAAACACCGAUGUUUACGAUGGUUGUAACGUCAUUCUUGUUCAGUUUUUCACGUGUUUAUUUCGAUUUUCCCUUUAAAUCGUUACUCUAUUUUGGUCAUCCGGUUCUUUUCUUCUUAUAUUUAUUCCACGAUAGCAUAUCAUAUAAAAUGCGCUAUUAUGCUACAAAGUUGUGGUUUAUUCUUAAUGGAAGGUCGCUAUCGGAAAUAUCGAAAGUAACUGCUACGUAUCGUGGUGGUGUUAUGCAGCCACCCAUACUUAUUGAUGUUGAUAGUGUUGUGCAUGUAUGUAGCACUAAUCCAUUACAGAUACGUGAAGAAGUUUCGAUUUUAAUGAAAGAUUUUGGUUUACGAAUCAAGCAUUGUUUCUUUUCUGGUCUAACAACAGCAUAUCUCUCAAUUUUUGUACCAUGUGUAUUUACACCUCAACGAUCGCCAUCAGGCUUACCACAAUAUAUGUACAUUGAUAUUUUAUGGGUCAUGGAACUAUUUUGUGUCGUGUUUUUAACGUCGUUUUCGCUUUAUGCAGCAUAUUUGCUGCCAUUACAAUACUGCGAUUUGAUACAUCGUUGUGCAGCACAUCUUGGAAAAUGGGAACGGUUGGAUCGGUUAACUAUAGCUACAAUUAGUAGCAAUAGUAAUGAUGUUAGUAGUGGUUAUAAUAGUACUAGUAUUAGUGGCAGUAGUUGUAGCAGCACUAUUAGCAGUGGCAGUGGUGCACCUGCUGAAGGUGAUGGUAGUUCGAUACAAACAAUGAUUUCCACCUCAACAAAUAUGUAUGCAGAGUGGUCCGAACGUGAUGACCUUUAUGCAGAUGGUUCGAUUGUUCGUCAUCGUGGAGAGUUUUAUAAAGCUGUUAAUAUUGUUGGUACGCUAGGUGUUGCAGCUGAACCCGGAAAUUCAGACCAUUCUCGUCUUUAUCGAAUUGGUGGUGAUCCAGUUACUCUGAUCAGCACAAUGGCAAUUUUUCAAGUUGUUUUAAUUGCUAUACAAUUUUGGAUGUUAGUAUUGACGACGGAUUGGCAACAUAUCGUUACGCUCGUGCUACUUAUAUUUGCAAAUUACCUCUUACUGGCAAAGACAUUUAAAGAUCGUGUGAUUAUUGGAAGGAUUUAUAAGCCUUCUCCUGAAGAUCUGCAAUUAAUUAAGCAGAUGCAACAAUAUGAAUAA